AUGGCACAGAAUACGUUGCAGGUGCACGACAGCUUGAGGCUGUUGAGCUACGACGAGUUGUUUAAGUCGUCUGAGGUCAAGACCAUCCAGAAAUUUCAAGGUUUCAAACGACAAAACACACUAAAGGGAGACACUCGAGCCAAAAACGAGCUGCUCAGCGUUCUGCGACAGCAGCGUGUGCUCGUUGACGACAAUGCCAUUCACUUCAUAGCAGAGGCUCGAAGCGAAAGCAAGGCAGACGCGAGGAAUUCCGUGUUCAAAUUGGCUCAGAAGUACAAAGUUUUGCCGGAUACGGAGAACGUAAAAAAAAUCAAGCAGCUAUUUGGGAAAGUGAGGGAGGAUGACUCCGGAGACGAAGACUGGGAGCCGUCGUUUCGUCGGCUACCUGAUUGUCUCAAGACAAAAAGGGGUGUAAAAUUAAUGGAAGAUGAUGUUUCCCAUGAGAUCCUGCUUGGUGAAAUUGACACAAUAGAAGAUGAGUCUUCGAAGCUGGGCGGGAAUGUCGUCACAUUGGAGCCUGUGAAAGAGGAACCCGAAGAAGUAAUGGGCCGUGUCAUAGACGAGCACGCCGGAGAACUCGGAUUGUCUGCAGGUAAAGAGGAUGGUACAGCGCAGGCGAAGGCACAGAACGAAGAAUCUGACGAUGAUGACGAGGACGACGCUCAUUUUGACAACGAGGAUCUGAAAGUUUUGAAUGACAUGCAGAAGGAGUUUAUUGGGAAUAAUCUUACAGCAUGGAUAAAGGAUAUUAAGAAAGCGUAUGAAUCGGGUGUCAAAUUGGUGAAAGUCAACGCGCUGGGAUACAAGUUCAUCCGCAUUGUUACUCUGAAGGAUAUGGUCCUGUCGAUACGACAGCCUCACACGCAGUCGAAGGUUAAAUUAGAGCGUCAAGUGGCAAUCACUGAAGUCAUUAAUGUGCAGCUCGGGCGCGACUCCAAGGAAUUCCGCGCGCUCGACCAGCUUGUCGACGAGGGCAAAGAACCCGCGGAUACAAACCCUACCGCAACCCUCUGCGCAGUCGUCGAUCUCCCGAAAAAUCGAUCGCUGUCCUUGGUGUUCUUGGAAGAAGACCAAAGGAACGGAUUUGUCUUUUAUCUGCGCGUUCUGCUAAAGAAAGCAAAGGUGGCGGCUCAACAGCUCGAGGCGAGUCCGUGA